AUGCCUACGAACCCCAAUCCCUUCCUAGAUAUCCAGAGACGCACGCCCAUUACCGCACCUCAUCACGGAUGGCUAACAUCGCCUGCACGGUCCCAUGCGAAUGUGGGACAGGGCAGUGAGUUGCCUCUACAUUUAAUCGCGUUGAUCCUCUCUCAUCUUGACAAUGUAGCCGAUCUUGCGAGAAUAACGAGAACUUCGAGACUGUUUUAUUAUAUGACUUUGCCUCGCCUAUACGAAGAGGUUACCUUACGCUCCUACUCGGAGAUACGAUAUGUCAACGGCAGGCCAGAGGGCUACGGCAACGGGAGUCCGUUUGCGAUGGGACUUAACACGCUGGUGUCGAGAACGUUCACAGACUACGUGCAGACAUUCAGAGUGAUAGGGGACUGGAGGGAACAUGAUAUAGAGGAUUACUCGAAAGGUCGCGUGCCGGAUAACAGCAUGAUGCUACAAGUCGCAAUGCGCGCCGCGCUAGACAAGAUGAAAAACCUCCAGACAUUCGCUUGGGAGCUGAACACGAAGCCGAUGCAGACCAUCUAUCAAGGCAUUAUGACGAAGCCAUCUCUGACAUCUCUCACACUCCGCUGCCAAACAAAACGAAUCCCGCGACCUACCGCGCUCAUACCUCCGCUCCCUAAUCUCAAAACCCUCAUUGUGUACGAUAUGGAUCCCCUCUGCUAUCCCGACGACAUUUCGCUGCUCCUCCUUACCUCUAAGAAACUCGAGAACCUUAUGCUACACUGGAGUCCCCGCAUGCGCGAAAGCGGAGAAGAAUCCGUCAACCUCAUGAACUACUUCGGGCGGUGCCUUGCCGCGCGCUACGCAGUUCCCGCGAAGCGACUCGCAUUGUAUAAUCUUUACGCACGGAAUACUGGCGAAGGAUUCGAGAAUUGCUUGGAUGCUUCAUCAGGGGAGGAGAUCACGGUCAUCAAUUGUAUGGGCUCGUCAGACCCCAUGACUGUGUUUCUGGAUGAUACUUGGAGAGUGAACAGUAACCAUAAGAUUCCUGAGCGGCUGAAGAUGAUGAGAGGGGACAUCGUCGAUAAGGAGCAUGUGACCAUGCUGGCAAAGUUUCAUGGCCUGGAACGGCUGUACCUUCUUAGCCGGCGGAAAACAUCGAGAGGAAGUAGUACAGCAGCAACACCAACAACGCCAUCUGUUAGCACGCCAUCAAAUUGUACGAGCACAAAUGGUGCGCCAUUUACCGAACACCAAUGCAAGAGUCUGGCUGGUGACUAUCUUGCAAUAAUAGCAUCAAAUCACCGAACAAUGCGUCAUCUUCUACUGUUAGACAAUUGGCAGCUAAGCGACGGCGCUCUCCUCAAACUCUGCCAAAGCUGCCCAGACCUCGAACAACUCGGGUUCUCUUCCGGCGUCCCACCUCUCGGUUUCCUCCGCCAAUGCCUCUCUCUCGUGCCCAAGCUGUGGGCAUUGCGAGUUCUCAUUCGACCGGGCUCCGACCUAGCAGAAAAGCUAGAUAGCAUAGAGUUCGAAAUGCAUCAAUUCGCGCUUGCUACCGAGCUCUGGAGACCUGAGUACAAAAAUCUUCGAUAUUUUGGUCUAGGCGAUAAAUACACUUUUAAAUUAGGAGGUGUCGUGUUUCCACCGAAAGGGUCACAGGCGAAUAUUCCAGACGGACAAGCGAAUUCGAUGAAUGCGAGGAAAAUGGGACCAAUAAGGGUGAUGAGGAGGAUUGAGAGAGAGGAUGUUAAGCAUGUGGAGAUUUGGUGUAUGGACUCGACGGAGUUCGAGCCUAAGUUCCCGUGA